AUGUGGACCAUUUCAUAUCAAUUUUUGCCCUUCACUGAAGUUUUCGACGAAAUCACAGACUCUGGGUCACAGUUUGGUAUUUAUAAAGGUGUAAAUGCAUCGGAAAAGAUUUGGAGUGGUCCCGAACUCAAACUGUUUUCAAUAAACCACAAAAAAAAAAAGCGCGAACAACGUUCACUGGCCGACAAAUUUUUGAACUUGAGAAACAGUUUGAGAAGAAGAAGUACUUGUCAUCUUGUGAACGAAGUGAACUCGCCAAGCUACUCAAUGUUACCGAAACGCAGGUAA